AUGGAUCUUGUCCCUCCCGAGUGUACCAACAGCUGCGCAGAAAUAGCGACAGCGCUUGAGGUGAGCCUCGUGCAUACGUGUCUCUGCAGUGAUGAGAACGGCCAGGAUUUGGAGAUCUGUAUGAACUGCUUCUACGGGGUGUCACCUACCGUGAUGAUCUGGGAUGCUGCGCAAGGGGUGUUCAAUGAUUUCGGCGCCUUAUGCGAGACACAAUUCAACGGCUCCCUCGUCCUUACUUCCGUCAUUCCUACACCAUCAUCGUCGCCGACAUCCACCUCGGCGUACUCUUCUCCCUCGAUCACCUCCGACUCCAGUGCUGCCUCUGUGACAUCGAAUACCGCCAAUUUCCCAACGCAAACGGGACAACCGACGUCGAGGAAUCAAAUCUGUCGAGUUCGUCUCAACUCGGAGCUGCGAUCCCUGACGAAACGGUCGAUGUAUCCCGCUGCUGAGGCGAAGCCAAGACUAUGGGGAUGGCGAUCGUUGCUGGAACUCAUCUUCUACCGUUAA